AUGAUGCUCAAAGUCAACGUGAGCGUGGUCUCUACCGCCUUGUUGCUGCUUGCAUCCGCGACGGACGUCAUCGCACAGACUUGCGACCUCCCAUCCACAUACCAUUGGACAUCGACCGGCGCCCUGGCGACCCCCAAAUCCGGAUGGGUCGCGCUCAAGGACUUCACGGCCGUUCCUUAUAAUGGCAAGCAUCUCGUGUACGCGUCAACUCACGACACUGGAUCGUCAUAUGGCUCAAUGAACUUUGGCCUCUUCUCCGAAUGGUCUCAGAUGAGCUCUGCUUCCCAGAAUAAAAUGACCCAGUCCACCGUCGCGCCCACCAUCUUCUUUUUCCGGCCCAAGAACAUCUGGGUCCUGGCCUACCAAUGGGGACCAGCCCAGUUCUCCUACAAGACGUCGAGCGACCCCUCCAUCGCGAACGGGUGGUCCGCGGCGCAGCCCAUGUUCUCAGGAACCAUCUCCGGCUCCUCCCCCAUCGAUCAGACGCUCAUUGGCGACAGCAAGAACAUGUACCUGUUCUUCGCCGGCGACAACGGCAAGAUCUACCGCUCCAGUAUCCCCAUUGGAAAAUUCCCGGGUAACUUUGGCACCACCUCAACGGUCGUGAUGAGCGACGCUAGAAACAACCUCUUCGAGGCUGUCCAGGUCUAUACCGUCAAGGGCAAGCAAAAAUACCUUAUGAUCGUCGAGGCCAUCGGCGCAAACGGCCGCUACUUCCGCUCUUUCACGGCCACCAGCCUUGGCGGCGCGUGGACUGCCCAGGCCGCGACCGAGAGCAACCCCUUUGCCGGCAAGGCCAACAGCGGUGCGACCUGGACCAACGACAUCAGCCACGGAGACUUGAUCCGCAGCGAUCCCGACCAGACGAUGACUAUCGAUCCGUGCAACCUUCAGCUGCUUUACCAAGGACGCGCCCCCAGCUCCGGUGGUGACUACGAUCUGCUGCCCUACCGCCCGGGAGUUCUCACGUUGAAGAAAUAA